AUGUUUAUUGUUUACAUCUUACACGGUGAUGAGAUGAAGCCUGGUGAUGAGAUGAAGCCUGGUGAUGAUACGGAGCCUGGUGAUGGUACGGACCCUGGUGAUGAGAUGAAGCCUGGUGAUGAGAUGAAGCCUGGUGAUGAUACGAAGCCUGGUGAUGAUACGGAGCCUGGUGAUGAGAUGAAGCCUGGUGAUGAUACGAAGCCUGGUGAUGAUACGAAGCCUGGUGAUGACACGGAGCCUGGUGAUGACACGGAGCCUGGUGAAGAUCUGAUGCGGCAAGUCCCGGGCAUCAGCGUGGAAGGCAUUGACGAGGAGACACCGCCGCCCCACCUGGACCCCCCUGCCACCCCCACCCCCCUCCACGCUGCUGUAUACGACUGGCAUGAAGACGACGACGACGACGACUACUUGUACGAGCGAGGGGGGAAGAGGAGGCGGCAGCGGCUGUUAGAAGUGGGCGGGACUGGGAGCGGUGACGUCACAGACUCCUCCUCUGUGAGUGAUGACGUCAGCGUAGGUGUAGGAGGUGGGCGUGGUGAGAGACGGAGCUCAGCACGGCGCAAGAGACCUUCCUCGUCAGCCAGAGAGAGGAACUUGCGACGGCUAGAAAGUAAUGAGAGAGAGAGGAUGAGGAUGCACUCCCUCAAUGACGCCUUCCAGGCCUUGAGAGAGGUGAUCCCGCAUGUCAAACGGGAGAGAAAACUAUCCAAGAUUGAGACUCUGACCUUAGCCAAGAACUAUAUCAUGGCGCUGACUAAUGUAGUGUGUGAGAUGCGAGGCGAGGACAAACCUUACCAGCUCUUCCCUAACAAAGCUUCUUCGGGCAACGAGGAAGCAUCACCCAGCAGUUGCUACUCUGGCCCCAGCACUCCCACCAACACUCCCCCUACCACCAAUAACAACACCACCACCGCUAAUAACAAUAACAACUCCCAUAACAACAACCAUGAUGAGGAUGAUAUGUUUUAGAUGGUUUAAAGGAGCCGAUUAUUAUUAAGUGUUUGAACGGGAUAACAUAUUUUCUUCUUGCUCCUCAGUGAUUAGGGUGAUGAAGCUCGUGUUAUUGUUACUCUCACUUAAGAAAAGGGAUCAUUGUCAUUCGUCGGUGACAUCAUUAUCAUAACUCAUUAUUGAUAUUUCAUAAUUUUGCAUUUUCAUUAAUAUAAGUAUUACAAAUGUCAAUCGGUUCAUUCAUUAUCAUCAUCAUUAUCAUCAUUAUCAUUAUUAUCAUCAUCAUAUUUAGCAGUCAUCACUAAAGAAGCAUUUAAAUCACCAUCUUCAUCAUAUACAUCAUUAAUUUCCUCCAUCAUCACCACCAAAGCCACUGUCAUUGAGCUCAUUACUCUCAUUACCACCCUAAUUAGCAUAAUCACGACUGUUAUACUACCUUCACCACCACCAUCAUCAUCAUCAUCAUCAUCACUAUUAUCAUGGCUGUCACCACCUUCAUUACAAAGUCUCCAAGCGACUUAUACUCACCACCACUCCUGUAUUGACUCACUAAAGUCUAAUGCAGUGAUUUUUUGGGGAAGGAAUAGACGAUGAAUUCCUUCCCACCUUGUUCCUAUCCAGUACCAUCCUGAUGAUCUCCCUCCAUCCUCUAUCCACGAUGGACUACUCGGUAUGUAAACAAAAGGUCGGACCGAUCUCCUAAUCCCCCUUCUUCCCAGCUUUCAUGAGAUGGAUAUUUCCUUUCGCUGAGAAGUCACUGUCUCGCUAGAAUAGAUUACCGUGACCGUGAGUGGAUGUUCGUCCUUCCAGAUGCUCUAUAGAAGACAGGAGGAACGAUGGAAGAGUAGGGGAACGGGUGCCUCCUCCCUCACGAUGCAAGGUUCUUCUCCUACCAAGUUUCACGUUUGGUAGUGUGCAGCUUUAAGGUCACUUAUGUCAACAAACUUCUCGGGGUAAAUUGAACUAGUGUACAUAAAGGGAACUAGUUGGAAACAAAUAGGACUUGUAUAUUCGUAUAUAUUCUCAGACGCCUGACUAAAAGGAAGAUCGCGGUUUACUUUUGGGGGGGCGGAGGGGGUGAGGGACUUUCUAACGUGUGUAGAGGUUAAGCCGCUCCCUACAAGAAACAGCCCCUGGCCCUUGACUCCAGACACAAGUUAAAAAGGAUGUGUCGAUGUUGACUCAUUCCUCAGACGGGAUCAGUGCUUAGAAAAUGGAUAUUUAAUCACUCAUAUACACAGUGACUUACUUUAUAAAAUGUGUUCAGAAAACGACAUUAACUGUUGAUUCAGAUAAUACAUUGUAGUACUAAAGAUCUCUAUUAAAAGACUAACCACUGAAUGGACUCAUCACCUAUAGACAACUGUGAUGGCUCCCCAGAAUUUAAGCUGUGUAUUAAUUAUUUAUAUGAGUUUUAUUUAUAGCAACCACACCUCAUAGAUAUAAAAAAAUAAAACUUUGGAAAUGUUUUAAUUGUUACACUAGACUGGACAGUGGAACAAGUAUAUGGUGACUCUGUGACGUUAAAUAAAAGUUGAAUUGAACAAAACACUUAAAAACUGUAGCCCCAUGAUAGGAAAGCAGGUACUGAGUUAGCUUAAGAAGAGAUAUCAAAUAUUUCGUUUACAGUGGUGGUGGUAACAAACAUAUUAUGCAUAGUGUUAUAACGAGUGUCAGUGUGAGAUAAACUUGUGCAGUAUUUUGCUGUAUACUGAAGGAAAAUUAUAUUCUCGACGUGAUCAAAAAUAUACUUGAUGACAAUAGAAAAGUGAACACAAUAGUCAAGGAAUAUUUUGCACUCGGAUGUCAGUGGCUAUAUUGUUUAUUCCAAUGAACACAAGAGCCUGUUAUUUCUAAAGGCAGACAGACGUCAUAAGGCACAGCGCUCGAAAAACACAACGAAAGAUAACUCAGACAAGAAAACAAUUGGAAUUAAGUGAAAAAGUAACAUUAUAUAUUUUUUAAAGAUAAUGACAAUUUAGAUUUUAAUUACUAUUUCAUGAACCAUUAUUGAGUUUCUAAUAUUUUGUGUUACCUUUUUUUAUAACUACACCGUAAUUUAUUUAGUUCAUUAAUUCCACUACCUGUGUUAUGAUAAUUCAUCCACUAACCAUCAGUACUAUGAUAAAUUUAAACCUUGAUAAUCCAUGUCUUGAUAAUCUACACCUUGAUCAUCCAUUCCAUGAUAAUCCAUCCCACACCCCCGUAAUCCAUCCCACACCCCCAUAA